AUGGGCCGAAAGGGUGUUCGUAAUGCUCGCUAUAAAGUUAAAAAUCGUACAAGGGAUAUCGACCAGAUAUCUAGUGACCUCAAAGAGGAAAAUUUCGCCAAACGAGUUAGUGAAGCUACGGAACCAGACGAAGAUAAGCCUGGUCUUGGUCAAUUCUUUUGUAUCUUUUGUGACAAGUAUUUUAUUGAUCAGAUUACUCUUGAUCUUCACAAGAAGCAGAAACCUCAUAAGAGAAGGUUAAAGUCUCUUGAAGAACCCCCACAUACACAAGAAGAUGCAGAUUUCGCUGCUGGAAUUCUAAAGGACGAUUAUAAAAUAUCUUCUAAAAAGCGAUGCAUAUCACCUGAUUUGUGUCCACAGAGCAUUCAAUCAAUACCAUUUGUUUCAUAUACUUAUGUGGAAUAA